AUGUACAUGAGCAAGUUCCUCUCGGCUGCCGCUCUUUGCGCACUGGCGACAUCGGUAGCUGGCGAGCCCAAGCCCUCUCACGACCUACCCAAGAGGCCUCAUAUUGUAGCUGCACCCUAUGGCACGGGCAAAGCCUUUCCACACUCUCCUCCACGAAAUAGCAAGGACUUUUGCUAUGUGAAGCCCACCAAAGGAAAAAAGAGGGACGAUGCUCCUCGCAUCCUGAAGGCCUUCAAGAAGUGCAACAAGGGAGGAACCAUUGUGCUUGACAAGAACUACACCAUCGCUUCGCCACUGGACUUGACAUGGCUUUCUCAUGUUGAUGUCGUGAUUACCGGAGAGGUCCACUUCAAGUCCGACCCUUACUACUGGGCAGAGAAUAGCUUCAAAUAUGACUUCCAGAACAUGUCGUCUUUCUGGAAGAUUGGUGGUAAGGAUAUCAACAUUUACGGUGAUUUGAGCAAUGAACAGUCUGUGCUUGAUGGCCAUGGUCAAGCCUACUGGGAGGAAGCGGCAACCAACAAGACUUUGAUGCGGCCUAUUCUCUUGACCAUCGAAGAUGCUCACGGACUUACCAUGUCAAACUUGAGAAUGCGAAACUCACCUAACUGGUUCAACAUUAUCAUCAACAGUACCGACGUGCUUAUCAGCGAUCUCGAUCUACGAGCUAAGAGCCUCAAUGGUGUCAAGAUUGCUAAUUCUGAUGGCUGGGACACCUACCGUUCCGAUCGAGUUGUGAUUCAGGACUCUUACAUUGAUAACACCGAUGUUGUCCAGAAUCUCGUCUGUAAUGGCUCUCAUGGUAUCAGCGUCGGGUCCCUGGGCCAGUAUAAGGGCAAAGUCGAUAUUGUGGAGAACUUGUACAUCUACAACAUCUCCAUGUCAAAUGCCAGUGACGGUGCUCGAAUCAAGGUGUGGCCUGGCGUUGAAACCCUAUUCCAGAGCAACCUCAACGGCGGUGGUGGCCUUGGACGUGUGAGAAACGUCACUUAUGAUGGUUUCUACCACGAGAACAACGAUAAUGCCAUCACCAUCACUCAAUGCUACGGUCAGAAGAACCAGACUCUUUGCAACCAGUUCCCGGCCAACCUGACUAUUGAGGAUAUCACCAUGAAAAACUUCUGGGGUACAGUUUCAAAUAAGUUUGAUCCCCGAGCUGGAUCCCUUGUAUGCAGCGCACCUGACCGAUGCAGUAACAUUGUGGCCGAGAACAUUACAGUGGGUGUGCCUAGCAAAAAGCCACCUGUCUACGAUUGUAGCAACGUUGACCCCGAUACUUUGGACAUCACUUGCCGGGAUCCCACUACAGACCGAGACACGACCAACGGUUAA